CCGAAGGAAAGGACGUCUCAUGUCUCUUAAAACUAAUCUCCUCGUUUCCUCUUCCUGUCUUCCACUGUCCUGUCCUCUCCUCACAUUACAGCCCGAGAAUAACCUCUGGAAAAAACCCAGAAGUGAAAGUAGUUCUGCUUCCCUGAGAGGCCAUGCGUCUCCAGAGGGGGGAGCAUUAAUGAUUAAUGCCUCUCUGCAUGUCAGAGAGAGAGUCUCUUCGUGAAGGUGUGCUCCCUUUAGUUCUCUGACAGCAGUGAGACCUCAGAGAUGUCUGGUUGCUGUUCCCCUGCUCUGUUCCUCCUGCUGCUCUUCUCUGGAGGACUCUUCCUGUGUGCAGCUGAUGUCGGGGAUUUCGCUCCGUGUCUGCAGUUUUUCUACAAGUCCUGGCCCCCUAAAGGUCUGACAGGGACCCCGAUCUGCCAGCGGUAUGUCAACCAGUACCGGUUCUCCACCCUGUACAGCAGACAGCGCCGGUCCCCCUGGUUCUCUGGGUAUGUGUACGGAGCUCCAGCAGGGAAGAGACCCACUGCAGCCUGGAAGUUUGAGCCUCAGCUAGCUUACCCUGGAGCUGAUGGCAACAUGAUCCCGUUCCCUCCAGGCCCUCUGGACCAGAACGUGUUGGAAAGCCAAGCGGUGGAACUGGACUACAUCAACUCCACCUACUCUCGAGGCCACCUGAACCCCAGCCUUCACCACCAAAGCCGUGAGGACCGCUACGCCACCUUCACCCUCACAAACGUGACUCCCCAGAAGGCAGGCUCCAACGACGGGCCCUGGGAGAGCCUGGAGCAGACUGUCAACAAAACCCUGGCGGCCUACUGCCUGGGGGAAGCUUACAUAGUCACUGGAAUCAUCCCCUAUCAGAGCGGCGAGCCCUGGCUCAGGAACCGCGUGGCUGUGCCAGAGUAUAUGUGGUCUGCCUACUGCUGCCCCAAAUACAACGUCAGCCUCCCCGAAAGACUGAAGCACACGUUCCCCACCUACGCUGCUGUCGGCAGGAACGACCGCAACAGCACCGAGGAGAUCGUGCCUGUUGAUCAAACGGCUAAGAAACAGUUCAGGGGGUACGAUGUGAGACAAAUGUCCCUGCAGACGCUGGAGACGUAUCUGAAGGACCGCUUCAGUGCUGUGAUCUCUGUCUUCUAUGAGCAGUGCUCCGGAUCGGACUGAUGCUGCUCAGGAUGGAGAAACAAACAGAACCGACGGACAGACCCCCAAAAACAAAUCCCCUGAAUGUUAAUGUUUCAAGAUGCUUCUCUUCUUGUGUUGGACAAAUUCCAUCAGAUCCGUGUCCGGUCUGUCUCCGGUCCAUCACAGCACCGUCAUCUGAGAGGUUUCUAUUCUAGUGAAUGUGUUAACUUCCACUGGA